AUGGCUACCAGUUGCACGGAGCUUUGCGACUCGUGGUCUUCGUCGGACGGGCAGCAGCAAACGCGGGUCGACCGCGAGAAGACGUGCCCCAUGCUGAUCAGAGUCUUUCCUAGCGAGGGCCGGCACCACAGCCUCGCUUACUACCAGGAUGGCCAAACCCCAGUUUCAGAGCUCCACCUCUACUCCUGGAUGGACGCCACGCUCGACGAACUCUCCAAGUGCGUGGCCCGGCUGAUGCCGGACGUGGCGAGCGAGGGCACUCACCUGGUGUUCGCGCGCGUCUUCCCUGACAAGAGACCGGAGUGCGAGCCGGGGAGCUACGCGAUGAAGGAGGUGGGCGUCGUCUGCUGCGGCGUCGCGGGGCUGGACGACGGCAAGACGCUGGCGCAGGCCAAGUUCUGCCCGGGGGACUUCCUCGACGUCGCGGUCUUACCCGGCCGCAGGCCGCGCUACUCGUACUGA